GUAAACGACAAAAAACACAGACAAUCGCGAUCUGUUUGAUGCUUUCAAGAAGGGAAGGAGGACAAGCGAUGCAAGACGAAUAUCCGGUCUUAAAAAGAAUUAUAAUUAGUUACAACUGUUUCAACAGAAGAGGAGAUACGACAGUUGCAGAAAAUCUGUGAGAAAUCUUAUAUCUGAUCCAAUGUUCACUAGAAACAGGAUUUAAUUGAUUUUGCCAAGAUUUAGUGUUCACUCUUCACAGAAGAUAAGCUUCUUCGACGUCAAUGAAAAAGGGCCCGGGACGUUUAAAGCACAAUUGAAGUGAUUUAUGAUUGUGUUAUGGUAUAGGCCUAGCAAUUACUGCAAUGGUGUUUCUUUCAAUUUAUCUGCUCAUUUUCACUGUUAAUCAGGGAAUCGAUGCGCAAGCUAUUGGUAAUGUUUAUUCACGGCAGAAUGACAGGGCUGUUGUACCAUGCAAUGUGAGUUAUCCAAGUGAGCAGACAUUGGAAUGGUUUGAACUUGACCAGUCUGGAGACCCUAACCCAACACCCAUUUAUACAAAUUUUAACAACACUGGCAAUACAACAAAAGACCCAGAAAAAUACGAGAUGGUGCUUGGACCAAGAUACGACCUGGCUAUUAAUGUACUUCGCCCUGAGAACCAAAUAUAUUGCGUUGUGAAAGAUGCAAGUGGAAAUGAGGUAUCUCGGCCAAACACAUGGAAUAUUUGGGUGGCAGAUGGACCCAACUGCCAGGACCAGGUUCUGCAAGUGUCUCUGAAUGAUAGAGUAUACGUAGUGUGCAGACAAAAUUCCCAUGGUUCAUCCUUCCCAAUGGAAUGGUACAGGGAUGACGGGAGACAACUGUACACUCGUAAGGAGUACUCGUAUGAAGGAGACCAAGUGUAUAUGACUAUGACGCAUGAGUUCUUUGCGAACAUAAUCCAUCAUAAUACGGUGUUCUGGUGUACGUUAUAUCCAAAGGAAACUGGACCGGGUGAUCUCGCAUCGUUUAACGAUGCUACUUGCCCCACAAGGAUUGAAAUUGUUUAGUACUUUAAUGACCAACAUAUUUUCAAUAAAAUGAAUUAAAAAUGCA